UUCAAUUGGUUUAACUCACGAUGUCGGUAUAGAUGCCACUGCUCCUAUGGUGCAUGUUCCACUAACGGAGAAUGUUACUGGUACUCGUACUGUGAGAAGGGAUGGUUCGGUCCAUCUUGUCAGUACGGACGUAAUGUUGCUCUGGGACAAGACACAACACAGUCUUCUACUAAGGAUAGUCAGGAUUCAACGCAUGCUGUUGAUGGGGAUACCAAUCCUGAUAUUAUCAUUACAGCUGCUUAUCAACGAAACAACCGUGUGGCAUUUAUGUAUACAGCUUCCACUUAUACCAACCGCGACAUCUACAUAAUCGAGUCUACUGCUCCACAGAUACCGGUAUCUAGUGUUACAAUUUUUGGUCGAUAUGAGAGCGAUCCCUACUUGACACUGUGUGAGGUGGAGAUGUUCGGAGACUGUGAUCCAACAUUUUGGGGAGACAAAUGUGCCAAGUCAUGCAGCGUUGACUGCAAGGACCAGUUAUGUAACGCUAUUAACGGAACUUGCUUCUCCUCUUGCAAUACUACAUAUUACGGUGAAAAUUGCACACUUUCGUGCAGUGAUAACUGUGCUGAUCAACUCUGCAAUGCUACAAGUGGAAACUGUCUGAAAUGUGUGACUGGGAAGUAUGGUUUAUUUUGUGAUGGAAGAUUUGUAGUAGUUCACUGCUCCGGUCAGCUGUGUGACGCAGUUACUGGAAAAUGUGCAUCGUGUGUACAGGGGUUGGAUGGUGAUUAUUGUAAUCGCACAUGUCCAUCCACAAAGUUUGGUGAAAAUUGCACAGAGACAUGCAGCACAAACUGUUCCAAUCAGUUGUGUGACGCAGUUACUGGAAAAUGUACAUCGUGUGUACAGGGGAUGGAUGGUGAUUACUGUAAUCAGACUUGCAAUACUACAUGGUAUGGUGAAAAUUGUUCUCUGCCAUGUAGCCAAAACUGUUCUGAUCAACUGUGCAAUGCCUUCAACGGAAGAUGUCUGACAUGUGUUUUUGGGAGGUCUGGUGAAUUCUGUCACGAAGAUUUCUCUCAUGUUUGGAGAUCCAGUGGAUGUGAUGCUUUAGUAAAUAU